GAACUCUUACAUCAUCAUCAUCAUUAUACGAUAAGAGAGGAAAGAGAGAAAAAAAGACAAUGCAACAUGACCAAUGCAAUUAGUUUUUUCAGUGCUGUUUAUCAGUGUCUUUUAGUUUACAGUGGUUGAAUCAGGAUCUUAUUCUACAGUUUCUUUUACAACAACUGAAACAUUCAUGACACUGACAUUUAGUAUCUCAGCAGAAAGACUGCUAUCUUACUAACUCACACCUAUGUCCAUAUAUCUAAUGAUCAGGGAAGUUCAAUAAGUGUGUGUGUGUGUGUGUGAGAGAGAGAGAGAGAGAGAAAGAGAGAGAGGAAUACUAAGAAACAGAGGAAGGUUAACAUUCACUGUGUGCUCUUGUUAAGCUGCUUGUUGAUUUAUAUUUCAACGUGGAAAAAAAGAUUCAUUCCAACACAGUAAGAUCAUUUUACCUUUUUUUUUUCUAUUUACUGUAUAUGAGAUAGGACAGAGUUGACUGAGGCAUAUGCAAAAGUCUUUGGUAAUUGUUGGUUCACAGAGCCCAUUUAAAUAAUAAAUGGUUCUGUAUGCAGAUAAAGCUUUAUCUCAUGUCAUAAUUUUCAGAAUUCACUAUGUUGACAUCUCUCACGAUGUCUCUUCUGAACUUAGUGAUCAUCACUGCAGGUGAGUGUUCAUAGUUUAAGAGUCGCUACAGAGAUAUUCACUGCAGAGGAUUCAUUAGCGAGCAAAUGAUGUAAUGCUAAAUAUCUCCAAAUCUUUAUGAAGAAAUAAACUUGUCUAAAUCUGGGAUGGCCCGAGGGUAAAUUUUCAUUUUUGGGCAAACUAUUCUUUUCAAAGCCUGACUAGUGAACAUGCCCUGUUCUCUAACUUCUGUUCCUGGUUAUGAGAUCAAACAGUCAAUUGGACUAAACUUACUGUAACUGAUGGAAAACCACCUGACCUGUGUUUAGAACCAGAAUAUAGAGGAAGAGUUCAGUGAAUAUAAACACUUACAGAAUCACUUUGUUGAAUGUUGAACAGAAGCUGAUGAACACAUCUACUGCAGAGAUGCAUUGAAUGAAGAGAACUGGACUUUAACAGCGACUCCUGGAGCUCAGCUUAAUGUCACAGAUCUGCAGGUGGAGACACAGCAGAGUGUAAAAGAGGGAGAUUCAGUCACUCUGACAUGUAACAGCAGCUGCUCUCUGCCUCAAAAAACAACAUUCAUCUGGUACAAGAACACACAGAGAUUAACUACAGGAACCAUGAAAGAGAAUCAGCUUCAGCUGCAGUCAGUCAGUCGUGAUGAUGCAGGAAACUAUCAGUGUGCUGUUUCAGGAUAUGAACAUCUGAUCUCUCCACCUGUUUAUUUUAAUGUAAUAUAUCCUCCCCAGAGCGUCUCAGUGUCCAUCAGUCCAUCUGGUGUAAUAGUGGAGGGAGAUUCAGUGACUCUGAGCUGCAGCAGUGAUUCAAACCCUCCUGGAGAUUUCACCUGGUUUAAAGGAGGACAGUAUGCUGGAUCUAGAAGAAUCUACAGCGUCUCAAACAUCAGCUCUGAUCACAGUGGAGAAUACAAGUGCAGAUCCAGAAAUAAACAUGGAGUGAGAUACUCUGAUGUAGUGAUACUGAAUGUGAUGUAUGCUCCAAGAAAUGUUGUGGUGGCCCUUAAUUCAUCUGCUGAAAUAGUGGAAGGAGGUUCAGUGACUCUGACCUGCAGCAGUGAUUCAAACCCUCCUGGAGAUUUCACCUGGUUUAAAGGAGGACAGUAUGCUGGAUCUCAAAGAAUCUAUGGCAUCUCAAGGAUCAGCUCUGAUCACAGUGGAGAAUACAAGUGCAGAUCCAGAAAUAAAUAUGGAGAGAAAUACUCUGAUGUAGUGAUACUGAAUGUGAUGUAUGCUCCAAGAAAUGUUGUGGUGGUCCUUAAUUCAUCUGGUGUAAUAGUGGAAGGAGAUUCAGUGACUCUGAGCUGCAGCAGUGAUUCAAACCCUCCUGGAGAUUUCACCUGGUUUAAAGGAGGACAGUAUGCUGGAUCUAGAAGAAUCUACAGCGUCUCAAACAUCAGCUCUGAUCACAGUGGAGAAUACAAGUGCAGAUCCAGAAAUAAACAUGGACUGAGAUACUCUGAUGUAGUGAUACUGAAUGUGAUGUAUGCUCCAAGAAAUGUUGUGGUGGCCCUUAAUUCAUCUGCUGAAAUAGUGGAAGGAGAUUCAGUGACUCUGAACUGCAGCAGUGAUUCAAACCCUCCUGCUCUGAUCUUCAGCUGGUUUAAAGAGAAUCAAAGCUCAGCUGUUGGAUCUGGACAGAGUUUCAGUAUCUCCAGCUUUAACUCCAGUCACAGUGGACGCUUCUAUUGUGAGGCUCAGAAUAAACAUGGAUCUCAGAGAUCAGAGUCUGUUUCAGUCACUGUUAAAGGGACUCAGAGAGCUGCUCUACAAACAGUUACUGGGAUUGUGGCAGGAUUGAUCUUCAUCGUCAUCAUCAUCAUCAUCAUCAUCGUGUUCAUAAGUAGGAAGAGGCAGAGAGAAUGUGGAACUGAAGAUUUGAAUCAAAAGCAGACGGCUGACUCGAGUGAUGAUACAUACACAGCUCUGGAUCCAGUGUCCAGAACAUCUGCUGACAUUUACAGCACGAUCAGAUCUGGUGACUCCAGAGCUCCUAAUGACACCUACACGGCUCUCGAUCUUCAGUCCAGAUCGUCUGAUUAUGAGACUCUAGCAGUAACUUCAGCAGAUCCACAUUAAACUCUCCUCACAGUAUUACUGCUCAGAUGGAGAUACUGAUGCUCCUCAGAAACUCAUAAAUACCAUAUUUUGAUACUUAGUUCAUUAUCAGUAAUCUUCUUAAAACUUCUUGAAGUAAGAGUGUAUACUGUAAUCGAGCUUAUAACAGUUUGCAGAAGUGUUUUUUUUCAGUCUUUCCUACAGUAUAUUGUACAUUACACAUUUUCAUUACACUUGCGCUGCACUCACAAAUAGGCUACAUUUUAACCUGUGUAUUUCUGUUUUUUAAAGUAACAUUGCAAUAAUGUAGUUUAGUAUGUCUUCACUGGAGGAUUGAAGACGAAUUAUGUUAUCUUCAAGCAUCGUUUUCUGGUUAAACUCUGGACAAUCUGUAACUGAUUGUAUUAAAGUUUCUAGCUGCUCUUAUAUCUGAGUGGAUUUUGUUCUACUGUAUCUUUAUUAAAGUAGCCUAAUAAAGUUUGACAUCCAACAUAA